AUGGGAUUAAUUAAGAAAUUAGCGGGCUUUCUAGGGUUUGCAAGGGAUGAAGGGCAGAUUGAAGACGCUGAAUCCACUGACGCGAGUAUAUCUUCAUCAGGCGUUGCUGCUGCUGCGACUGCAGUUCCAGUUCAGCAUCUUCCACGUAAAGGCUUCAGUGUACCGGUUCAAGUGGCAGUCGAGCGGCCCCAGUUGGGUCCCGUCAUUGUUCCGUGUAAUUCCGGGGAAGGCGGCAUUCAGGGCCUGAGAUGGUACGCGAGACGCCUUAGAAUAGAUGAAGAUGGAGAUGUUGCGGAUGAAUUCCUUGAUGAGGUACAGGCAGAUAUGUCAAUGAACACAGAAAAUCAUAACAGGAAAUUGCCGAGGUUCGAAGUCAAGUACAAGAAGCCUGCCAAGGUGAGGAGUCAGCUACUUCUACCAAAUGGUAAAAUUCAACAGCAAGUGGAAUACCAGGGCAGAUUAGAGUGGGUCUAA